AUCAAAAUCAAAGUUCAAAAGUGAAGUUUCAUACAAUAAAAACAAAUAAUUUUACAUUAAGAUCAUCUUUAGUUUAAUUUUUUAUCAGUAUUUCUGUGAUAGUGUCGUCGUUAUUAUUAUACAAUGGCCGCUUUAUUUUCUACAGUCGGAACAGUGUUACGUUUAGGACCCAGAGAAUAUGCCCGACAAAAAUUUAAGCUACCAAUUGUGAAGUUCAUACACGAUACAAUAAACUUGUACAAAUCUCGUACCAAAACAGGUGUAAAUAACAUAAGGGAAGUACUAUUUCGGGGGACAGUGAUAGCUUUAAUAACAGCCUUUCUAGUGUGGUUGUCUAUAUUUAUGUACAUAGCAUUUUAUUAUGUGUAUGUACCUACAAUAUCCCAUGAGAGGCCAGUACAUCUAAAGUUCAAACCAUGUGGUGCAACAGAUGACUGCACAAUAGCCCAGAAAGGAAUGUGUAGUUUCCCAACCGCUCACGUACAAUUAACAAAAAAGCAGCAACUGUUAAUGAUGGGCCAGGCCUAUAAAAUUCACUUAGAACUAGAUAUGCCAGAAUCACCUGCAAAUAGAGAACUUGGAAUGUUUAUGGUAUGUGUGGAAUUUAUGGCAAAAGACGGAUCCCUUGUUGAUAAUUCUUGUAGAUCUACUAUGUUACAUUAUAGAAGUACCUUGUUGGAUGCUCUAUACAAGUUAGUGUUUAGUCCAUUUUUUGUUUUUGGUUCAACAGAAGAGAAACAGAAGAUUACAGUUGAGCUUUUUGCUGAAUAUGAAGAAAAAGAGAAUGAACCUGUUACAGAUAUAUUUUUAGAAAUUCAGUCGCGCCAUAUAGAAAUUUACUCGGCGAAGUUCACUGUUAACGCACAAUUUUCUGGACUGAGAUAUGUGAUGUUUCACUGGCCUGUCAUCUCUGCUGCAAUGGGCAUUACAGCCAAUUUAUUCUUUAUUGCGCUUGUUUGCCUGAUCAGUUGGUACCAGAUAAUUCAUUCAGAAGAAUACGUUGAAUAUAUCGAGCAAUCCAAAGGAAAGAAAGUCGACAGUGAGUUUGAAGAUAAAGGGCAACGACGAGAUGAGCCUAUACGAUGUAACAUAUUGGGGAGGUUUGCCUGGCUUCGUUAUUAUAAUAACCUCUGCUACUUUCCACAGCUUAGAUUCCGAUUCCUCGUAUUCUGUGGACUACGAUGAUGCAUCCUUCGUAGAAGACAGAAAUGUCGGAUUUAGAGGAGAGUUAACCGAAAAUGAUAUAGUUGAAAACAUCGACAACUAAUUUCAACUUAAUAGCUAAAAAAUAUGAUCUCUUUACAAAACACUUAUUUGUAAACCAUCUCAUGUCUACAGGAAAACUUUCAUAAUAUGUCUAUUACUUAUAACAUUAUUACCACUUCUUCAUUCUAAUACGUUAGUUUGAGAUCAUUAAAAACUUACUUUGUUUUAUUUACUGAUGUCAGGUUGCAAAAAUGAGAAGGAUAUCUCAUUGCUUAAUUUUUGGUUUUGGUGUUUUAUAGUACCUCCUAAAUUAGUUACACAAAAAAAUUACUAUCUAUUUUAAUUCAGUUUAUUUAGAAAACAUCAACUUAAAAAAUUAUUGAUUUUUAGAUUUUAAAAGUUUGAUAUGAUCUUUGUCCUGGCAUCGUAUAUAAAAAAUCAUUUUUGUCCCAUUUUUCUCAAUCUUUGAGUGGCUGGAAUUGCAUUUUUGUUAUUCCCAUCCAUUCUAAUGAAAUUUUGUAGCCUAAAGAGUUCAAAAGUAGCUCUCCUUAAUACUUCCUGGGUCUAGGACGUUUCAUCGCCGCCGUUUCGAUGCCGCCAGUUCAUCGCCGGCCGUUUCCAUGCCGCCGGUUCAUCGCCAGUCAGUUAAUCGCUAACUGAUAUAUUUCCUAAUUUUCGACCAAUUUUCGACAGUUACAUUUAUUAUUUAUUUUUAGUAUUAAUUAGGAAUUCUAGGAAAUGCGAGAUAUGAUCAUUCCCGUUGCCAUACUUAAUCUUUUAAUAGACUUUUAAACUUUUAUAAUAGAAAAUAUAAUUUAAUACUGUUUAGUAUCAAAUUUAGGGGAAGUAGAAAUAGAACAGUAAAUUAAUAUAAUAAUAUUUUUUAUCUAUUUAUUUGUCAUAAGUUUUGAACUGAAUUUAACGUCGUGUGUGUCAUCUCCCAUAAUACAAGAUCAACUGACUAACUGGCGAUGAAACGGCCGGCGAUGAAACGGCCGGCGAUGAAAUGGACUGGCGAUGAACCGGCGGCAUCGAAACGGCGGCGAUGAAACGUCCCAUUCCGUACUUCCUCAUUUCUGACUAUCCUUCCAUCAUAUUCUAAAAUUCUAAGAAUUCGGCGCAGGUACCACAUUUCAAAAAAUUUAGCAUCUUGUAUCUCAUAUAGAUCUUCUGUGCAAAGUGUAGUCAUCUAGAUCUAAGUUGAUACUAUAAUUUCUUUACGAAUUUUGUUGUGUAUUUUUCAGUACCCUACUUGGUCCUGCCUGAUGUUACACUGCCAGCGUUGUUCCAUCAUCUCUAAUAUUUCUUCCCUGAUCCACUCAUUCUUGCUAGUUUUUUUUUAUUUUUGAGAGUAAAAAUGUUGUUUAUAUGAUCAAAUGAUUCUUUUAUGGUGAUCCAUGACUUUUCAACAUCCACAGUCGCCAUAUCAGAGAACCUACUGUUUAUUUCUUCCGUAUAUGCUUCUCUUGUAUCGUUGGUUUUAAGUUUGCUUAUCUUUAAUUAUGCCUUCAGGAUUUUUCUUUUGGCUGUAGCGAGUCUCAGUUUAAUAUUUGCAACUAAGGAAAUGUGGUCGGAUCCUAUGUCUGCUCCAGGUAAUGCAGAAACCUUAGUAAUAGCAUUUCCUGGGCGGUAACUUAUACCAAGCUACAUUUACAAAAACGCAGAAAGCCUUAUAGACCGGGCCCGGAAGUAUUGGAGUAUGUAAAACCUGAGGACCGGCAACUAUGUUCGUAUUCUUUUACCUGAGACCUUGAACAAUGAAAAACUGAAUCUUCCCGGAAGGUGCGAUGAUGCCUUGUUAUCCCCUCCCUGUCCCCAUGUUAAGGGCAGAUAAAAAGAGAUUUUUCGUAAAACAAAACUUUUGUUGUAUUUUGUCAUUCUAAGCAAAAAGUGUUCUUACAAGUUUUUUUGUAGGAUGCAUAACUUUCGAGAUAAACGCGGUUGAACUUUCAAAAAAUCGAAAAAUUGCAAUUUUUGAAUCCGAAUAACUUUUAAUUAAAAAAUAAAAUAGCAAUUCUGCAUGUAGCAUUUGAAAGUCAACUUAUACCGGUUUUGAUUAUUUGCAUUGCUAAAAAUUAAUUCUUUUUAUUGUUAAACAAAGCUAUAAACAAAUAGUGCUUGAGUGAUAUUUUCAGUACACCUCUCGUUAUUCGGGUUCAAGAAUUGCAAGUUUUCGAUUUUUUUUAAGUUCAACAGCGUUUAUCUCGAAAACUAUGCAUCCUACGGAAAAACUUUUAAGAAAAUUUUUUGCUUAGAAUGGCCCAAAAAAUGCUAAAAAUGUUUUGUUUUGCGAAAAAUCGUUUUUCCCUUCCCUUAGGAUAACAAGGGACCAUCGCACCUUCCGGCACGAUUCAGUUUUUCAUUAUUCAAGGACUCAGGUAAAAGAAUCCGAACAUAGUUGCCGGUCCUCAGGUUUUGCAUACUCAAUUACUUCUAAUACCCACUAUUAGAAAUAAAUUUUUCUGUUAGAAAUUGUGCAUUAAUUUUACAUUUCAUUUCUAUGUGAUAGUAGCCUUUUUUAUUUGCUGAUUUAAGUAUGUCUAUCUAAUGCUCUAGCUAAUAAUCUGAAUACACAUACACCAUAUAAUAUUAUGAGAUGUUUUCAUUUGGACAUUGUAGAUUCUAAAGAUUUAUAUCAGCGGUUCUCAAUCUUUUUGUGUCAUGUACCACCAAAUACUUUUUAUUAUUUUUGGUACCACCUAACUGAAAUACAUAUCUAACUAGGUGAUCUAAUUAACUAUAAUAGUGGUGCUGAUUUUGGCUGUUUUUGCGUUUUGUGUACCACCUCAAAAAAUGAAAUGUACCACCAGUGGUACAUGUACCACAGAUUGAGAACCGCUGAUUUAUAUAAUAUAUUUGUUUGUUUUGUCAAUAUUUAAUUUUGUUUUAUAUUUAAAAAAAAUGGAUAUAUUUUUGGAGCUAGUUUUAUAAAUGUCCUAUGUCAGAAUUUUCUGAUAAAUAUCAAACUAUGUAAAGGUCCCGCCAUUUUGGAUGGCACUAAUUUGCAUAUUAUGGCGUUGGCGCAUCUAAAAUGGUCUAAGAACCGUCUUCAAAGUUGGUGAUUGGUUGCUGAUAUUGAAAUUUUGUUAUUGAGUAUUGAAAUUAUUUAAUGCUAAGGCGUUAUUAGGAAGAAACUUCAAAUUUUGACUUCUAUACAAGUGCAAUAAUAUACAAAUUAGUGCCUUCCCAAAUGACGAGACCUCUAGUAUUUAUUCUUCCUAGUAUUAUGUACUGAUGAUAUAAAGUGAAGGGUCGGAGGGAAGAACGGUCAAUAUCUGUCUGGAAUCAUUUUCGGUAAAAUGAAAAUCUAAGUUACAUAUUCAUCUUUUCCCUUAUUUGCCCUUUGCCAUUCACAGAUUGAUAGUACUCUUUGUAAGCUAACAAAUUGCGCAAGAAUCGCAAAAUGACCAAAAAACUGACAUUCAUCGUUUUUUCCUCUGACCCUUUAAGUGUUAUCUAAAAUGUGUUACAAUGUCCAACGCUUUAUGUGGAACUUUUUAUAGGAUUGACACUCGUCCCUUUUUAUUGGUCAUAAUUGUCGAAGAUAAUGAAAAGUGUUGAAUAUUGGAACAUGUUUAUAAAUAUUAAAUGAUGGUGUGCAUUAAUAAUCUAUAUUUUAUAUUUUCUAAAUACAGCAGAUUAGCCCGAUCAAGGAACAAAAAACUUUACAAAAACCUCAAAAAAAUUAAAGGAAGGAUGAAAAUUUGGGAAUAGGUAGUUGAAAUUGUCUAUUAUUAUAUAAGAAAAAGUUUACAAUUCUAAACCGUCUCCAUUUUACAAAAAUAGGGAAAUAAGGGUUGGUUUUUCAUUAAAAGUGCUGUAUUUAAAAAAAAUGAAAUAAUAAAAAAAUGUAACAGUGAAAUAUAAAAUAGUCAUCAGAGUGAUUUAACCUUAAAAAUUGGUCUUAAAAAUCUUUUAGAUCUCGAUUAUUUUAUGAGAUAUAGCCUAUUUUUAAUAAGGGUUGAAAACCAAAAAUUUUUAAAACGGUCUUACUCGGUUAGUUUUGUAUCAAUUAAUCUGAAAAUUGGUGAACACUCUCUUUACAGAUCUAUUAAAGGCUUGAGGUUAAGAUUUUCCAAAAAUUUUCAAAAAAAAUUUACGGUCAGUGGAAAAAUUUUGGAAUUUUUUUUUAAUUUUUGGAAAAAGAACUAAAAGCUUUGGUUUUUCUUGUAAGUAUGUACUUACCUGAACGAAUUACAUGCGCGUGCACGUAUCCUAUAUUAUUUUCUUUUUGAAUUAAGUUAAUAAUUUGAAAAACUAUAAUUUUAAAGUACAUACUUGUAUUUUUAAGUUAAUUAUUUCAAUAUAAAAAUAUGAAAUGAAAAUAUAUCAAAAUUUCUCAAAAAAAUAUUUUUUUUAAUAAAUAGUUAUUAGGUUUUCUAAAGUUCAUUUAAAAAUUAAAUUAACUUAGUUAAAAAUAAGUGUACUCUAUUAAGAGGCUACAUCAGCGCGUCAUGAAUAUUUUUUUUUCGAUAGUUCUCCGAACUUUCAACAGUGCGGCAACAGUGUGUCGGCAGUACUACAGUGUCAGUGACACUAUACACUAUACUAUCAGAAACAAAGGCACAGUAAUGUGCUAACAAUAAUUAUUAUACUCAUAGGCGCGCUAAAUGUUGCCAUAUCAGUCAAGUUCGAUUUCUUGUUAUAGAUAAUCGAUUUUUAGUAAUUCCAUUGUGACACAAAAUCUAGACAUGGGAUAAAAAAGUUUAUUUGAAGAAACUGUAUUUUUUUGUUCUUCUUAAAGCGACACAGACUCGUUUUUUAUAUUUAAUUUAAUUUUAGAGUAAUUUCUACAUACUAACAUGUUUCUUAAAUUGGGCUCUGUACCACAAUUCUUUACUAUAUUGCGAAUAUGUGUGCGAGAUAUCUCGACAGAAUAUUCAAAAUUAAAGUUGCAAUCUUGGAACGCGUUUUUCGCGCGCUGAUGUUGCCUCAUAAGUUAUAAAGGAUCAAAUGAGUAUGAAGUACUAAAAUAAUAAAAGGUGCAAUGAAAAAUCGUUUAUUGUAUAUCGAACUGGAUCGUCACUGUUUACAUUUAAUUAAUUAAUCUAAAUUAUUUAAAGUUCAUUUUCAUCUUCGUCUGAUGUAAAAUUUGUGUCUGAAUCAACUUCAUUUAUAAUAGAAUCAACUGUAAAAUCAUAAUUUUGGGUCUCUUGGCAGCUACCAUCUAAACUAUUAUCAUCUUCAUCAUCAGAAACUAUAAUGUUUUCCUUUUUAUGAUUUGUACAAUUACCAGUUUGACAACGUUCUGCAUGAUUUGUACAAUUACCAGUUUGACAACGUUCUGCAUGCAGCAUGAAAACGUUUCUCCUCUUUUUAAUACAUAUUUUUGUCUACAUUCUAAUUUCAUCACAGUCCAAAAGCAUUUUGUUUCUAUCAUCUUUUCUUUCUAAACUUACACUUUUUAAUGUUUCAAUUCCACGUUUGACAAUUAGAAUUUUUUCGUUAUCACAUUCUAAAUGUUUUUCACAAAUAAAACAAGAAUUAUUAUUAUUUGUUUCACUGUUCGCACUCAUUGUAAAUAUUUACACAAUUAUUUUAUAACAAACAGAUCACUUUUAUUGAUAAUAAGUUAUAAAUUCAAAAACUUUGACAGCCGAAAAUCAGUGCCAAUAAAACAUAAACACACACACACGACAGCCGAAAACGAUAACAAAACAUUGCAGCGUGAACAUUGCUCCAAUUUUUUAGGUUAAUUUCGUCUACUGUGUUUAGGAAGCGCGCCGUUUUCUCUUUUAAGCAACUUUUUCACCUGUGUUUACUUCCCCCAUAUAUUUUUGCCUUUGCAAUAGGCGUGUUGUAUAUAUAUGUAAUAUGUUACUCAAGCCUUUUUUAAUAUGUUCCCAUAUUUUCAUUUAAAAAAAGUCUUUCAGAAAAGAAUGGUAUCGAUUUUAUUAAAACAUGACAUUUUUUUGUAGUUGUUUAUAAUGAGUGAGCCUUAUUUAAAAAGUAAUCUAUGCAUAAGAAAAAUAGAUACCGCUUUCGAAAGAGUACAUUUUCAAGUACCUACAAGCAUAUUUUUAAAGUUUUUUAUAAAUUUUCAACACAGAUAUUAUUGAUUGAAAUCAUGAAAAUUUACUUAAAAUAAAAAUCAAAAAAAUAUCCAUUUUUUAUCGCCAUACCAAUUUUUAUUCGUUAAAGUAACGUUGUGCAAUUUUAAAUCUAAAUGUUAAUUAGCCAUCUUAAAACGUAAAUCUAGAAGUAAUUUUAAUUUAAACGAUUACGUAAAUUUUCGUGACAAAAAAUAUGUGUUGCUCUCAAAACUUGUAUUAGUAUAUUUUAAAACAUAUUUUUCUAAAUUAAAUAAUUUGUAAUUCACAAUGAAAAUAUAUUCAAGUUAAAAUUGAUAUUUUUCUAAA